CGAACCGAUCCACAUGGACCACACCUUAAAAAGCUCGAUGAUUUGGGAAAUAGUGCAGGGACUAAAAUAUUUGCACGGCUCUUCACUUCAGUAUCACGGGACCUUAUCCAGCUUAAGCAUCAUGAUUGACAAACGGUUUUGCCUAAAAUUAUCGUCGUACGCCCUAGCAAAAUUCCGCGGGAAGUUGUAUGGAAGCAUCUUUCCCGCAGAACUGCCACAGGAUCCCAGUGUAUUGUGGGCGGCACCGGAGGUCAUUAGCGGGGCAGCCGUUAAGGUCGCGACAUGUACAGUUUGGGGGUGGUCAUUAACGAAAUCUUCACCGGUCGGGCACCCCUGCAGACAAAUUUUGCGAGUCCCGACAGCGUGCAAGAAAAUGUUGCCGUGCUACGCAAGGACCCAACUGUUAUUCGCAUCGCGGACAUAUCCAAACUGCCGGUGGAACUGUUACGCAUAGUCGACACAUGCACUGCCAACAACCACCUUGAUCGACCAGCAAUGUCGCGCUUCACCAAAGUCUUGAGUCAAGUCAUUCCGUGCAAGAAGAUGAUGGAUCUAAUUCUACCGCGACUGGACCUUUACUCCAGCCAUCUAGAGGAUCUUGUCGAGGCCCGUACUCGGCAGCUGAUAGAGGAGCAGAGUAAAGUGGACUCGUUAUUACGGGAAAUACUGCCAGAGUUGGUAGUCAAUAGUUUACGCAACAAACACACUGUCACCGCGGAACACUUCGACUGUGUGACCUUGUCGUUCAGCGAUAUUCCCCAGUUUGGCUCGAUUGUCGUGGAGUGUGCUCCAUUGCAGACAAUCACUCUGCUAAAUGUCGUAUACAGCGUCUUUGAUUCCAUUCUACCCCGAUUCGAUGUCUACAAAGUGGAGACCAUCGGCGAUUCCUAUCUAUUAGCCAGCGGCCUGCCGACACGCAACGGUAUCCGGCAUGCCGGUGAAAUAGCACGGAUGACGCUGUCGAUGCUGCUUGCCACGGAAAGCAUCUCCUCGCCAAUUGAAGCCACAGAACGGUUGCGACUGCGUGUCGGCAUACAUUCGGGUCCCUGCGCAGCCGGUGUUGUGGGACUUAAAAUGCCGCGGUACUGUCUAUUCGGGGACACUGUUAAUACAGCUAGCCGAAUGGAAACGCACGGUGCCGCUUCCAGCAUCCAUGUUAGCGGAACUACCAAACAUUUGCUGGACAAGCUGGGCGGUUUUGAAACAGAGUCACGUGGUGCUAUUAGCAUUAAGGUAAAGAUAGCAUCUGAUUUGUAUUGGAAUUACUGUAAGUUAUUUCCAAACGCUGACAUUUUGGAUACUGUCACUGGUGAAAGCGUGAUAACUGUCAAGGUGCGGAUUGCAUGGAAUACAUCGAUCGUAAAGCCGAUCGUAAAGGUUGAUCGUAAAGCCGUUAGCCCGAAAUUCUUUAUAACCUCGUACAUAAUCUUAUUAUCCUGA